AUGACAUGUUGUUGUAUUAUCUGCUUUAUUAUCGAUGAUGUUCACGAGCUGGAGAAUGAAUGGGAAAGUAUGCAAGAAAACAUUGCAGCGGCGAAGACACUUAGAUAUAGGUGUUGUCCCAAUUGCAGCCUCCGCUCUGAAGUCUGGACUCAAGCACAGAAUAGUAUCCAAGUUAAACUUUGCAGUCUUAAAAAUGGCGGAGAAAGCUUUGGAUCCAAUUUGAUGGAAGAAAAUUACCGUAUGGAAAAAGUUGAGCACUUACCAGGACCAUCAAUAAAAGACCAGCCAGCCGCAAGAAGGAAUCUCGACAAAAUCCUCGAACACUUGGAAAACGAUGAGGUUGGCAUCAUCGGAGUGUGGGGUGCAGGAGGAAUUGGGAAAACUACUUUGGUGAAGAAUUUGAACAAUGAGCUUAAACAGAUUGACGUGUCAAUUAGGUCUAAACUGUCUUUUGGUGUUGUGAUAUGGGUUACAGUACCCAAACCGCCAAUAGACAUAAGAAAGGUUCAAGCACAAAUUGCUGACAGAUUAAGCCUAGAGGUAAAUACUGAUCAGGGAAGUGAAGAAAGCAAUGCCAGCAAAAUCUAUCAAAGGCUUCAUGAGCAGGAAAAGAGUUUCCUUGUGAUACUAGAUGAUGUUUGGGAAGCUAUAGAUUUGGAUAAGGUAGGUGUGCCCCAACCAAAAGAUCACGCAGGAAGCAAGGUUAUUAUAACUUCUCGUUUUUUGGAUGUUUGUAACCAAAUGAAAAUUGACACCGAAAUGAAGGUUUUCACAUUGGAUGAAGAUGAAUCUUGGCAUCUGUUUAUUGAAAAUGCGGGAGAUAAUGCCAAUCGGGUGGAUAUUCAGCCAUUAGCAAUGGGUAUUGCAAAAGAGUGUGGUGGUUUACCUUUAGCAAUCACUAUUAUUGGAGCAUCUAUGAGAGGGAAGAAAAGGGCCGAGGAAUGGGAAGAUGCUUUGGAAUCACUUAGAAUGUCUGAACCUAAUGACAAAGACACAGGAGAUAAGGUUUAUCAGGUCAUCAAAUGGAGUUUUGAUUCUUUAAAGCAAAGAAGCAAUAGGAACAAAAGGAGAAGUGACAUUCAAAGUUGUUUCUUGUAUUGCUCCUUAUAUCCAGCGGCUAUUCCAACAAAUGAUCUCAUACGUUGCUGGUGGGCAGAGGGAUUCCUUGGUGAACACGACACAUAUGAAAAAGCUUACAACAGAGGAAUCACAAUUAUUGAGGAACUAAAAAAUGUCUGCUUACUAGAAGAAGCCUAUGUUCGGAUGAUUUCUGUGAUGCAUGAUGUGGUUCGUGAUGUUGCUAAAUGGAUAGAUAAUUCCUUUGGGGAUGAACACAGUUCUGUUAUUCAAGCUGGAAUUGAGUUAAUUAAGAUUUCAAAUGUUGAAGUAGUGUCAGCUUCUGUCAAGAGAUUAUCUUUCAUAACCCAAGGAAUUCAAUAUCUACCUGAUAACUUCACGAAAUGCCCAAAGACAACAUCUUUACUUUUGCAAGAGAAUAAAUCCCUUGUGAAAAUUUCCGAUAAAUUCUUUUUGUCAUUUCCAGUUCUAAGAGUUCUGAACCUGAGUUAUACUAGUAUUAGAGUACUGCCCUCUUCCGUCAAUAAUUUAAGUCAACUACGUGCUCUAAUACUAGGAUACUGCUAUGAGUUGAAAGAAUUACCAGCUAUUGGUAAUCUUUGCAAUUUGCAGUUGCUCGAUUGUGAUAAGACAGGGUUAUGUUGUCUGCCCGAAGGAAUGGACAAGUUGACAAAUCUGAGGCUAUUAAAUAUGCCUUUACGUAAGUUUAAGGAGAACAUCGACCUGGGGGUUUUCCACGAGUUGCAAAGGCUUGAAACGUUACAUCUACCCAUAAGCCAUGAAGAUGUUGGUGCAACUUCUUUUGAUGAGAUAUCACAUCUACCCAAUCUGACAUCACUUUUUAUUAAAUUGGAUAGCUCAUCAAUUUCAAGUUUGAAAAGUGACCACACCUGGAUGAAAAGAUUGAAAAGAUUUCACAUUACAGUUGGGAAUACUAAAAUUCAUCAUCAGGUACCAUUCAACAAGUCAACAAAGGCGAUAUGCCUUAUACGUUUUGACACUUUCAAUAACAAAGUCUGGCUCCCAAGCAUGUUGCAGUUUGCUUCACAUUUGUACUUGAAACUAUGCCUAUGCAUGGAUCUCACAGAGUUCAUUCGGAACAACAGUUUUGAUGGAUUAAAAUCACUAGACAUAAAUCAAUGCUCUUGUGGUUUUGGAACAUCGAUAGAAGGAAGUGGACAGUUUGAUGAUCCUAUGCCAAAUCCGGAGCUUCUCAGAUUCCAUUCUGUAAAUCAUUUAAAGAAUGUUUCUGAUUUCGGUCAUUUUCUGGGCCUAAGAUUUUCUAAAUUACGCAAACUGAAUCUACACCGUUGUCGUACUUUAACAUGUCUUUUUAAUGUUGGUGGAGCUUUUUCUGUACCCAGGCACUUGGAAGAAAUUACACUUACCCAUUGUUUUCGGCUGAGAGAGUUACUGGCACAAUUCGGCUCAAGUCAGACGACAUUCGUUAGCUCAGAAAUUCCAAGAGUCCGAAAGUUACGCUUGGAUUGUUUAUCCGCAUUAGAAACGUUUGGGGAGCCAGAGAGUAUGUGGGAACACCUGGAGGGACUUAUAGUGAUCGGAUGCAAUGGAAUAAGGAAGUUGCCUCUCUCUAUUCAAACCUCCAACAACAUCAAACGAAUAAGAGGAUCAUCAGAAUGGUGGAGCCAACUGGAGUGGGAUGACGAAAAAUACAAGUCAAAUUUAGAGAAUUGUUUCACUAACAUAUUAUAAAAGUAUGGAUGCCCAUGGUAGCUGAAAUUCGACGUGUGAGUUUAUUUUAUUAUGAGUGAACAUAAUAUUUCAGAUUUGACUUCUAGACUUUUUUAUUUGAUUGUCAUCAAGCCAAAAAUAAAUAUUGUCAUUAGAUUCAUAUUCUUAUGAGAAGUAUGUAUUAUUUGAAAUAGGGUGUACAUGACUGGAUUGGUUCGGGUUUUUCAAAUAUCAAACCAAAUCAUUUGGGUCAAAUUUUGGAAUU